AGGUUAUUCAAACAAUUGGACUUGGUUAGCCAGAAUCACUCCGGGCUGGAAAUGAUGAAGCAACAAUUGGCAUGAAACUUAUGUGAUUGAGAUCAUGGCAUCUUCAACGAACUUAGAUGUCGGGGCCCAGUUAAUUGUGGAAGAAUGUACCACGAGCUACAGCCUUCCACCCAUGCCAGACAUUAAAGUGGAGCAUCAGCUUGACACCAGCACAGAGGAAGGCCCAGCUCAGAGUGUCACCAUGGGGAUGAAAUUUAUUUUGCCCAACAGAUUUGAUAUGAACGUCUGCUCRCGAUUUGUGAAGUCUCUGAAUGAGGAGGACAGUAAAAAUAUUCAAGAUCAAGUCAACUCUGACCUUGAAGUUGCAUCCGUCUUAUUUAAAGCUGAAUGCAACAGCCACACUUCUCCUUCCCCUGGUAUCCAAGUAAGACAUGUUUAUACUCCAUCAACUACUAAGCAUUUCUCACCAAUAAAACAAUCAACUACACUGACUAACAAACACAGGGGAAAUGAAGUCUCUACAACACCUCUGCUUGUAAACUCUUUAUCAGUUCAUCAGCUGGCUGCUCAGGGAGAAAUGUUGUAUCUGGCUACACGUAUUGAACAAGAAAAUUUAAUCAAUCAUAAGGAUGAAGAAGGAUUUACCCCUCUGAUGUGGGCUGCAGCUCAUGGGCAGAUAGCAGUAGUGGAAUUUCUCCUCCAGAAUGGUGCAGAUCCUCAGAUUCUGGGGAAGGGGCGAGAAAGUGCCCUCUCGCUGGCCUGCAGUAAAGGAUACACAGACAUUGUCAAAAUGCUGCUUGACUGUGGAGUUGAUGUCAAUGAGUAUGACUGGAAUGGAGGCACACCCUUACUAUAUGCAGUACAUGGGAACCAUGUGAAAUGUGUAAAAAUUCUUCUUGAAAGUGGUGCUGAUCCAACUGUUGAAACAGAUGCUGGCUACAAUUCCAUGGAUUUGGCUGUAGCCUUGGGCUAUCGGAGCGUUCAACAGGUUAUUGAGUCUCAUUUAUUGAAGCUACUUCAAAAUAUCAAGGAAUAAUCGUUGGCUYUUCUGCAGGUGCCACUUCUUGGCUUGGAGAUUUGUACUGCUUUUUAAAAUCUCUGUAAUUGGUGACAAGAGUUUGUUGUUUUGUAACUUUACCUCAGUUCAAUGAUUUGCUGGUUUUAGUUAAGCUUUCUAGUAUUCUUUGUAUUCUUUCACUGUUGUUAAUAAAAAUGUGCAAUGUCAUCCUUUCCUUAAAUAUGGUUUAUAUAAUUUUAAAAGAGUCCAUUGUCAUGCWUGUAAAACUUUGUAAAUAAACCCAGUUUUUGACCAUCUCAAUGUUUACCCUGUGGGUGGCACUAUGCCAAGUGUUCUACUUCAUCAUAUCAUUGAUGCAUAUUCAGAGGAAGAGAUGUGUUUAGAUGUUGAGGUGUAUCACCACAGAAGAUAGAUAGCGUUAAUAAUACCAAAAUGUGCAUAGUGUGUGAAGUUUCUGAGAUCCCUGGUUAAUAUUUAUUAAGGGCGGGGUUCAUUUUUGCAGUAAUGAGUGGGGAGGACUAUGACCCAGAGGUUAUUCUGUAUCACCUCAUCUCCUUGCUAAGGGCAGGAGGAAGCCCCUUCCYGGAGAAGGGGUUCUUUCCAGUCCAGAUGGACUGGCUGCAGUGGGGUCAGAUGGAGCUCUGCACUGAUCAUUUUUGCAUGUGAAUCACACUCUCUUUUGUACAUUYUUUUUAUUAAURUUGUUGCYGUUAAUGUUUGUUACAUCAUUGCUGUUUCCAGUAAAGUUUCUUAUUYAACUUGUGAUCUUUA